GGCAUUCAGUAUGCUGACUUUGCAGGUCUUCCUGGGGGUUUCCCUUUGUGCUCUGCUGAUUCUGGGUACACAUGGCUCUCCAGUUAAAGGUUUAGAAUCCCAUGACCAGAGCAGCGGUGGUUCAUAUACUGGAGGCCAUUCUGCUUAUCAAGGAGUUGGCAGCCACUAUGCACCCAUGUAUUCUGGCGCUCCCAGGCCACUGCAAAUGCCUGGACAAGCUUUAAGUAGUGUGAGCUCUAUGCCUGGAGCAGGAUACCCUGUCUUUAUGCCAGCUGAAUAUCUCAGUUCAUCACAGACUGAAGCUGCCCAGUCUAGUCUACCUGAAACCAAGUGGUCUGUGGAGCCUAAAAUCUUCUCUGAAGAGGGAUUGGCCAACACUGAAGCUAUUGGCUCCAGUGACUUUGUCCCAGCUCCCCAUCCUCCUGUACCAUAUGGUCCUGUCCUCCAGUCUGGGGAGACUUCCAAUGUUGUGAAGGAAGCUGAACUUGGGAACUACCAGCAGGAAACUGAGGAACUUGGUUAUGCAAAUGAUCAUAUGAUGCCUGGUUAUGCAAGUCCAUUUCUGCCAAUUGUUGGUGGCUUGGGGGGUUACCCUGGUCCAUACCCGUACCCUUAUCUUUAUCCAGCAUUUGACUUCAGGCUCCUGUAUGGUCUGUACCCUCCUGGCACCUACACCACCUUCAGCAAAAACCAUGAGAAGGGCAAGGACUACUAUCAAGAUGUUCACUACUUGAGAGAACAUGGGCCUGUUCCUUCAGAUGUUCCCAGCAGACCUGGAGAGCAGAAGAUCAUCUUUCCAAGGGCACCUCAAAGCUCCUAAAAUUGAGAAACUCUUAACUGCCUGACUAGUUUAGCAUUUUAAAUUUUCCUUGCAUGUCUUUGAAAAGGUACAAGCUGGUUCAUAAUAAACUGUUGCCAACA